AUGGCAAGCACAUUGAAGGCGGCCGUUAGAGCAGCCAAGAAUGUUGAAACCCAGUUAAAAGGAAGGGGUCUGGAGAGAACUGAGGUUGGUGAGAAGAGGAAGUUCGAUGGAUCUUCGAGAUCCAAGAAGAAAAGUAAAUCUUCGAAGUUUGGUUCGAGAGGAGGAGGAGGCGAAGUGAAAUGGUGCGAAAAGUGCAAAAAGAAGCACCAUGGGAAAUGUGACUGGGAGGUCACUUGUUUUAAGUGUGGAAAGCCUGGGCACUAUACCAAAGAGUGCACCUUCAACAAGAAAGUUUGUUAUAGGUGUAAUGAGGAAGGGCACAUCUUGAGGGACAGACCGAAGAAGAAGGAGGCAGCAAGGCCUAAUGUUCCACCGAAGCCAAAAGCCAGAGCUUUCCAGAUGACACUCGAAGCUGCAAAGGAUGCAGCGGACGUCGCUUCAGCAUUUCCUAUACAAAUACUUUAUAAUGCUCUAGUUGUAAAUUUUGCCAUACCUAUUAGCGAUUACAUUAGAAAUAUCGUCAUCGACUUGAACAGAAACGAAUUCCAUGAGGAGCUGUUACCUAUUGAGCUGAAUGGUUUCGACAUCGUACUGGGAAUGGAUUGGCCUGGUACCAAUGAUGCAGAGAUACUGUGCAAAAAAAAGUAG